GGGUGACGUCAGCCGCCAUCCCGUGACGCCCGCGCUCGGCUCGGAGCCGGGCCGGCCUCCUUGGAGAGGAAAGGACCCUCCCCCAGGGAAGCGAGCCGCCAGCUGCCCAGCAGCCGGGAGAUGGGCAAGGUUUGCGCCAUUUUUGGGGGAUCCCGAGGAAUAGGCAAAGCUGUUGCAGAACUCCUGGCACAGAAGGGCUGCCACCUGGCCAUCAUUGCUAGAAAUCUGGAAGUAGCCCAAACCACUGCACGUGAUCUUGGUGCAGGACACCUGGCACUUAGCUGUGAUGUAUCCAACGAACAAGAAGUCCAAAAGACUUUUGAGGAGAUGCAGAGGAAUUUAGGUCCUAUUAACUACUUGGUUAAUGCAGCUGGGAUCAACAGGGAUGGUUUGUUACUGAGAACCAAGACUGAAGAUAUGAUAGCCCAGAUUCACACUAACCUUUUGGGAACAAUGUUGACGUGCAAAGCUGCUGUAAAAGUCAUGAUUCAACAACAGGGAGGUGCUAUUGUCAAUAUAGGAAGUAUUGUAGGACUUAAAGGCAACGCUGGUCAAAGUGUGUAUAGUGCUACCAAAGCAGGAUUAGUUGGAUUUUCACGCUCUCUUGCUAAAGAAGUAGCAAAAAAGCAAAUUCGAGUCAACGUUGUUGCUCCAGGCUUUAUUCACACAGAGAUGACCGCUCAUUUGGAAGAAGAUCAGCUGAAGAAAGCAAUUCUCCUUGGAAGAUUUGGAGAGCCUCAUGAAGUUGCACAAGCUGUUGUCUUUCUUCUAGAAUCCCCAUAUGUUACAGGGAGUGUUCUAGUUGUAGACGGAGGCUUGCAGCUUAUGACUUAAGUACUACCUUGAAUAAAUGCCUACUUCAAUGUCAUGGUGGUAAUAUAUAAAUACAUACCGAUUAAAGGGAGAGGGUUGAAAAUUGUUUGAAGAUUGAUGUAUGUAAUUGACUUGGACUUACCUAGUCAGAGGAGAAACUCAGCAGCAGUGAAGUGCAACGUGUACGUUUAGCUACCUGAAAGUCCAUUUGGUAUUAUGAAGUCUGUGUAUGAAACAAUUUGAAAAAGAUCUGCUUUUGAUAUGGUGAUAACUGCAAUAACAUGAAAAAAAAAACCUGAUAUGUUUUUAAAACAGUUUUUUUAUAAAAUCUUGCUAUCUCAUUUGGGAUAGAGUAGAGCUUUUAUUGGAAUUAUCAUCUUACACAGAGGUUAAUAAAGUGCAGAGGUAUGUUUAUUGUGUGGCAAGUAUGAUUGCAUCAAGUUUUUCAUGUAGGGCAAAGAUUGCAAACUGCAUAGUUUUGCAUUCUUAUCAGUUAUUCCCUACAAAGUAGUGAGGGGUUUCCUUCAGGCUUUGUUUGUUUGUAGCUAACACUACUACAAAGCUAGGAGCCUCUAGAUCUUCAGCAUACCUGAAUUGCCUUUAGGAGAUCUAAUUAUAUGCAGUGUGUUUUUAUGAAGACAAAACCUACUCAGUUCCAUUUUUGAAUGUAUGUACAGCACUCAUUUAAUACAGUAGCACUUAUGUGUACACACUGAAGGACUGUUGGUUGGUCAUUGGAGUUGCUAAUCCUGUGAUAUUCUGCGUUUGAGCUGCACAGACCUUGUUGCAUAAAAGACUUUUGAAUGACUCAGUAGGUGUUUAGGAAACACGAUCACUUCCAGAGCGUGAAGUCAAAGUGCUUUCCUCUGUAUCUUGAACACUGAGUUCAGCUGUUAAGUUGAUGCUCCUUAAUAUGUAUGUAUAGUCAAUAAAAUCACCAUUGAUUUUAUUCAAAACAA